GUUGGACAGCGCUGUAGGGGAGCCUACAUCGCUGUUCCAGAAGUUUCUGGAAAUCCAACCUUGGCUCAACAGCGAUGUCUUAAUUCCAACAUCGCUGUUGGAAGACUUAACGCCAAACCAUGUUUUUGGCUACCCAGGCCAGACAACGCUGUUGAUUACCUCUACAUCGCUGUUGGGCUUGGUUUAGCCAGACCCAUGGAAGCCGCUAAGUACCCAGGUGUUGGGUACUUAGACAGUGGCUGCUCAAGACACAUGACGGGUGAUGCGAGCCUUUUGAGCAAUCUAAUUCCCUAUGAUGGUCCAAGAGUUACUUUUGGAGGAAGCAACGAUUUUGGCCUUACUAAAGGACUAGGAAAUCUUGUGUACAAGGGACUAACCAUCCAAGAUGUAUCUUAUGUUGAAGGACUCAAUUACAACCUUCUUAGCAUAAACAAGGAUGAAGAAGUCAAUAAAGAAGAUAGAAUGAAGCCCACGGAAUUCAUUCCAUUCAGAAGUCUGUCUCUGAAGAUUUCACAGAGAAAUCCGGAUUCAGACGGUGCUGAGCCCUCCGGAAAUUUUGGCCAGCCUUCCAAUAUUUCGGAUAUCUCAAACGGCGACAAUUCCGGAAAUGGCGACCCAGUGCCAAUCCAUCCAGAAACACCAACAACUUCUGUUCUUCAACCAAAAGCUGAACUAGAUCAACCAGUCAAUCCCAAUCAACACAAUCUUCGUUGGUUAAGGGAUCAUCCUUCUCAACAGAUCAUUGGAGAUAUUCAAUCUGGUGUUCGCACAAAGAAGGCAGCCUCUCCCCCACAAGAGCAGAACCAGGAAGCAACUGAAGAAGAAGAAUUUCAGCGACUGAUCCAAUCUCAAGUGCUCGAGAUCCUCACAACUCCUUGUGAGAUCUCCAAUCAGACACAACUUGAGAUUCUGGAAAAGUCAGCAGAAAUUCCGGAACAGUCAGCUAUUCCAGAAAUUAUGGAGAAAGAAGUAGAAGUCCAAAGGCACUCUGGAAAAGCUGAGAAGGAAUCUCAGAUGGCAGAAGAGGAGGUCUCUCAAACUCCAAUAGCCAUUCUUGAAGAACCAAAUGAAGCUGAAGAUAGUGACUCACUCUCAAGAUACAUAUCAAAUUUUGCACUUGAUGAAGCAGAAGGAGAAUCUGAGAGGACACUAAAGAUCACUGAUGAAGAAGAUGUGCAAGAAGAUGCUGAAUCUCUUCCUUUGCAACUCUUUCAAAGGAUAUCAUCUCCUCAUCAGGUAACUAAUUUUCACUUCCAUAGCUCUUCCAUUCCUACUCUUCCGGAUGAGAUACCGGAAACCUGGACAAAGAAGGUCCAAGGGCUGAUUGAGUCAGCCCUAGCAUCUCAACAUGCCUCCUUUAGGCAAGAGAUAGAGUUAAUGGAAGCCAAACACACUGAGCUGAUAGAGAAAUCUGAAGAGAAACACAGCGCCGAUCUCAAGGAGAUAAGUAAAUCAAUAGAAAAGACUCUAGAGAUCAUUUCUCUAUUGAGUAAAACUAUGUCCCUUCUCCAAAUGGACAUCAGAUCAGCCCUAGCUAUAGCUUCAGCAAAUCAGGUAGUAACCAAAGACUACUUGAAGGUGAUCAUUGACAAUCAAAAGGAAGCAUAUAAGCUGUUCAGACUUAUUGGUGCACAUUCUGGGAACCGCAAGAUGGAAGUAAUUCUCCAACAACACAGUCCAUCUCCAAUACCACAGCUCCCUAUUGCAGUCAACGAAGGAGAAGCAUCUUAUGUCCCUUCUCAUCUGCACAUGACUAAUCUAAUCCUUGAAGCACAACAAAGAAAUCCGGAAAACUCAGCACAGCACCUAUCCAGCUCAGGACUGGAUGGAACAGAAUUUAUAGGUGCAGUUGCUGACCACUUCUCAGAUGCUGCUCAAACAGAGGAAAGGCGUGAAAACUUAAGGCGCAUCAAAGAACUAUGGGGAACAUGCAGGGCAUCAGUCAAGUUGCCGGAUCUUCAAAAUGCAAAAGGAACUGAAGGAAAACAAGAAUCCAAUAAGAUUCGGUACUCAAGAAUGAAGUCGAAACACUAAAACUAGCGUAGAAUAUAGGUAGAAACCAAUGUAAGGAUAUGACUUUAUAUACCUAUAUUCACAAGCUCAAAUGCACUAACAAAAUAUGUUUAAAACCAUCCCAUAAACAUUUUCAAAUAUCCAAAAGGUUUUAAACUCAAACACGAAGGAUUACGGGAAUUUUGGAAAAAUCAGGACAGUGGCACGGUACCCCCAGACGGUAGGGUAUACCGCCUACACGGUACCCCUAUACCGUGAGACGGUACCCAGG